AUGACUGUGGUGGAAGAUCUCCCAGUGAAAGAGAAGGAUCUGAAGAGACACACUCGCAGAGAUCCAGUUCUGGCCCGUGUCCYCGAAUCAGUGCAGAAAGGAUGGGAGGAAGAUACGAUUACUCCGGAAAUCGCCCAUUAUGAUUAUCGCAAGGAUGAAAUAACCUUACUGCACGGAGAGAUCCUGAUGUGGGGAACCAGAGUUAUUGUUCCRAAGAAGUUGCAAGACAGGGUUCUGCAAACCYUUCACGAGGGAYAUAUCGGGGUGGUUAAAAUGAAAGGCCUCGCCCGCGGUCRCGUGUGGUGGCCAAACAUCGAUAAAGACAUCGAGCGUGUUGGGAGACAGUGCGAGGACUGYCAAGAACUGGCAAGAAGCCCAUCAUCUGCACCCCAACAUCGUUGGGAGUUCCCCACGCAACCUUGGCAGCGAGUCCACAUAGACUUCGCGGGACCUUUCCAGGGGAGAAUGCUCCUAGUCUGCGUGGAUGCCCAUACGAAAUGGCCGGAAAUAGUGGUCAUGAAAAACACUACUGCUGAAGGGACUGUGGAGGCUCUGUGCUCAAUUUUUGCUAGACUGGGUCUCCCAGAACAAAUAGUGUCYAACAACGGGCCGCAGUUCACUUCUGCAGAGUUUAGGAAGUUYACAGAAGGGAACGGAAUCCGUCACGUUACAGGAGCGCCCUACCACCCAGCAACCAACGGUCUGGCUGAGAGACUAGUCCAGAGUUUUAAGCAUGCAGUGAAAGCAGAUAAGUYGAAUAGAACGCUUCAACACAAGAUCGAUCGGUUCUUGCUGGCGUAUCGCACUGCRCCACAUGCUACAACCGGUAUAAGUCCAGCGCAGUUGCUGUUCCAGAGGAAUCCAAGGACCAGGUUAGAUCUCCUUAAACCGAGUGUCAAGAGCACUGUAGACGGAAAKAACCUACAAGAUGAAACUAGGCCUUUCUCGGUUUUCCGCGAGGGUGACCGAGUCUGGAUUCGGAACUAUCAAGAUGGUCCCAAGUGGGUUCAUGGUACUGUUCUGGAGCAGGUGGGGCCGGUGUUAUACAAAGUCCAUACACAGGAGAAAGUGUGGAGGAGACAUUUUGAACAGCUGYGUCGUGAUCAGUCUCAGUUGUCACCUAGGCAAGAGCCCCCGGCUAGCACAGACGCCGUGAACUUGAGUGGUCAUGAUGUCAAGGUCAGCACUGACUACCCAGCUGAGGGUGAUGGAGCGCCAUCAACCGCUGAUCCUACCAUGGAUGUCAGUCAACCCGUUGAUGCUCCUAGGCCGCAKCAGAGUCAAGCAGCUGAAGGUCUAAAGACUACUCGCUCUGGUCGGGUUAUUAGGACCCCAGCUAGGUUCAAGGACUUUGACUGUUCUGGACGAUGA